AUGCAUUCGUUCGACACUGCUACCGUGCCGUCAAUCACGCCGGUCGAACCCGACUCAGCCCCAUCAGGCACCGUGGUCCCCGAGCUCGUCCACAACCUACGCCACAGCAACACGGUCCUGACCCUUGCUGUGAGCCCUCAGCACGGUCGCAUAUACUCGGGCACCCAGGAUGGCGAGAUCGUAGCCUGGUCCCUGUCUACCUUUCAACAGAUAGAGACCAUCCAGGCCCACAAGCGAAGUGUCCUCUCGCUCUUCCUAUCACCAGAUGCUUCGCUGCUCUUCUCCAGUGCCGGCGAUCCAAUCAUCAACGUCUGGUGCCCCGAGACCCUCACCCGCCUGUACGAGAUAUACUCGACCCACGAUGUUGGCGACAUAUUCUGCACGGCAUACAGCGCCCAGCACGACACACUGUACAUUGGCGCCCAAAAUUCGAGCAUACAGUGGGUGACGCUCAGCGAACCUAACGUGCGAGCACCCCAUGACUCGUCACGCCAUCCGAACCGCAGGAACCACCGCUUCUUUGACUCCAAGGCAGUGGGCGGUACGAGCACACCUAGACGAAAUGAUCAGCGAUGGGAGCUGAUCCCCCCAGCCGAAACCAUGCUGGAGAUUGAUAAUGGCGCCGUUCGGAACUUUGCCCACAACGGCUACGUCUACUGCAUGCUCAUGGCCAAGGGCCCUACGGUCGAUGUCAACGACAACCAGGAUGUCUUGAUCUCCGGGGGUGGCGAUGGCACGAUCAAGCUGUGGAGUCUUACCGGUGCCCCUGACGGGGCAGACGGCGACCCUGGACAUGGCAUCGAAGAGAUCAUGACUCUCGGCACUGACGAUGCCGAGUCUGUCCUCUCCCUGGCCAUCGACGGAUCGUUCCUCUACGCCGGGAAGCUGGAUGGCGUCGUCGAGCUCUGGGACCUCGAUACUGCUCAGAGGUUGCGGGUCAUCAAGGCCCACGACUGCGACAUCAUGUCUCUUCAGAUGGGCUGGGGCUUUCUCUGGGCCGCCUCGACGAACGGCUGGGCCAGCAAAUACAGCACCGCCCACUACGGCAAGUACCGACGGGUAGACUCGGGCUCGAACGUGAGCGAAAAGUACCAGUGCUUGAGCAAGUGGAGGGCCCACAGCGGCAAGAUCCUCGCAUCCUCGGCCAUAACGUAUCGCGAUCGACAGUACUACAUCACAGGUGCCAACGACAACGACAUCUCGGUAUGGACCUUUAGGGACGUGUGCUCAACAUCGGAAAAGGCGGAUGAGGGGAACGACGCCCUCUUGUGUGCAUUGAAGGACUUUGUCUCGUACAAGACCAUCUCUUCGCGUGUCGAGUUCGCCGAAGACUGUCGCAAGGGGGCUACGUACCUGGGAUCCUUGUGCAAGCGCCUGGGAGGACACGUGGAGAUGCUCAGCACCGACAAGGUGCACAACCCGGUUGUGUAUGCCAGGUUCUCGGGAAAGAAGGAGGCCGGCUCCGACCGGAAGAAGAUCCUGUUCUAUGGGCACUACGACGUAGUGGCGGCCGACAACAAGAAGGGUGCCUGGAGCACGGACCCGUUUGCGCUGAAAGGUACUAACGGCUACAUGUACGGCCGCGGCGUCAGCGACAACAAGGGCCCCAUACUGGCGGCCCUGUAUGCGGUGACGGACCUGAUGCAGGCGCAGAAGCUCGAGAAUGAUGUGGUAUUCCUCAUCGAGGGAGAGGAGGAGUACGGCUCGAAAGCGUUCGAGCAGGUGGUCCGGAGCAACAAGGACGUGAUCGGCGACGUCGACUACAUCCUGCUGGCAAACAGCUACUGGCUCGACGACGAGGUCCCCUGCCUCACGUACGGGCUGAGGGGCGUGCUGCACGCCACGGUGUGCGUCGAGUCGCCCCGGCCCGACAUCCACUCGGGGGUGGACGGGUCCUACAUGAUGGACGAGCCCCUGUCGGACCUGACGUGCGUGCUGUCGAAGCUGAAGGGACGGCGCAACCACAUCCAGAUACCGGGAUUCUACGAUGGCAUCCCUCCGAUGACGCCGGACGAGGAAGAUCGCUAUGAUGAGAUUGCCUCGAUACUGAUCAGGAGGAGCACCGAGGCCAUGUCGGAAGAGAAGCUGAAGCAGUCGCUGAUUGCGCGGUGGAGGGAGCCCAACCUGACGAUGCACCACUACAAGGUGUCGGGACCGGACGGAAGCCUGAUCAGCAGCCACGCGAGCGCCAACAUCAGCCUGCGACUGGUGCCGGGCCAGGAGGUGGAUGAGGUGGCGCACCAGCUGGUUGAGUUUCUGGAAAAGGAAUUCGCCGCUCUCGGGUCGCAGAACUGGAUACGGAUCAAGAUUGACAACAGGGCGGAGCCUUGGCUGGGAAACCUCAAGAAUGGGAUCUUCCGGACACUGGAGAAAGCCGUGAUGGAGGCGUGGCCCGACUGUUUUGAGAGUGGGCACGGCGGCGGCGGCGGCGGCGGCAGCGAUGGUGGCGAUGUUGGCGACGCCGAGGCUGCUACUGAUCACGACCCUCCGCAGUCUUCUGCCAAGCCGUCUCGGCCACGGAAACCGCUCUACAUCCGUGAGGGUGGCUCGAUCCCAGCGAUCCGCUUCUUGGAGAAGGAAUUUGAGGCGCCAGCGGCACACCUUCCAUGUGGGCAGGCCAGCGACUCGGCUCAUCUGAGCAAUGAGAGGAUGAGUCUGGUGAAUCUUGUCAAGGCACGGGAAAUAUUUGCCAAGGUGUUUGAGAGGCUGUAG